UGGCUCUGGUAUGUGUGUGUGGAUAGGGAUAGCAGCCAGCUCUUCGCCGGGCUCUCUAACAAGUUCCACGAGUCUGUUUGCUAAAGAAAAAUUCCAGUCGGUGCAUCCAACACAUGGAACUCAAGUACAGAAAUUAUAUUUAUCCACCCUACUGCCAAGGCGAUCACAUGCCCCGUGAGUCACUCCAGAUGUGCUCAAAAACAGUCUUCCUGUGGAAGCCCAGUGCCCCAAUCCCAGAGAGAGUCAAAAUAAGAGGUCCCAACUCCCGUCCCCCCAGGAGGCAGCCUGUGCCUCCACCUCCUGAGGCGGGAGCGGGCAUCUGCUCUGUGAAAAGGGAAAGGGGGUAAGCACUGGACCAUCUUGCUGGGAGGACCGGUACGGGCACACCUGUAGCUCCUGGGGUCCCACCGGGGGCUUCUCACCUUUGUGGAGCAAAAGAUGUGUUGGAAGACACUGCUGAUUCUGCUGUUGUGUUACGAUGCUCAGGCUACUGUGUCCCACAGGUGGAGCAGGGCCGUGCUCUUCCCCGCUGCCCAUCGGCCAAAGAGAUCUUCAUCCGUGCCCUUGAAUCCUGUCCUGCAGAGCUCCCUGGAGGAAGUAGAACUGCUCUAUGAGUUCCUGCUAGCUGAGCUUGAGAUCAGCCCGGACCUGGAGAUCUCCAUCAAGGACGAGGAGCUGGCCUCCUUGCGGAAGGCUUCCGACUUCCACGCCGUCUGCAAUGACGUCAUCCCCAAGCGAGUCCCCGACAUCCGCAGGCUGAGCGCCACCCUCUCCAGCCACCCUGGCGUCCUCAAGAAAGAGGACUUUGAAAGGACAGCGCUGACCCUGGCCUAUGCAGCCUACCGCACAGCCCUGUCCCAAGGGCAUCAGAAGGACAUCUGGGCCCAGUCCCUCCGUAGCCUCUUCCAGGCCCUGAGGCGUGACUUGAUGCGGUCCUCAGGCUCCUGAGUGUCUCCCUGAGAGGCUGGCCCGCACCAGCAGGGCCCAGCACACACAGUAAUCCAGAAAUUCUUCAUUUUCAGAGACCAGCAGCAAAACAUGUGCCACCCGCUCAGAGUAGCAGAGAUAAAAUAAUUAAGCCCCAUAUGCUCUUUGCCCCUUGUAGCUUCCUGACAAAGCACACCUGACUCAUGUCAUACAUAAUGGGAUGUGGGCUGGAAGACAGGGCUGGAGUGGUCAUUCAGGAUGACUCCAGAGGCCGAACGGUUUGCCUGGUGACAUGCAGAGUCUAAGAUACGCUUCAACACUGAGUGACCGCCACGAACACCCGAGAGUGAGGACAGAACUGGAAGAGACAUCAUAGAGGUUUGAGCACGGAGGGAAGAUGGGGGACAGGUUGCUUUUGUCCUAAGAGAUCAGGGUGCUGGGUUGAAUGAACAUCUUUUGGAAGGUUGGGUAGUAAAAUAGAAAUAAGCUAGAGCGACAGCCAAAUAAACAUAUUGUUAGCCAAGGAUAUACUUCUCAACUUUUCCGAAGGUCACUGAGAAAAAUCAGUUAGAAAAUGGGUACUUUUCUGGCCUAUAUGUCUUGCCUCUUCCUAUGUGAAGGCUGGUCUAAUACAGAGGAGAAACAUGAAAUGCCACAAAAGGUAUGCCUGUCUUUGGAACAGAGAAACCAAACUAAUGCAGAGAGGGGUCACCCUAACGAAGGGGUGGCACCAACGGCCAUGCCUUUCUAUCCUAACGCUAAAAUUAUUUAGCAUCGUCAGAGAAUUAAGCGCUCCAAAUAAAAUCCUAAAUAAUUGUCAGAUGACAGGAUGUUUUACCUUUUCAAAUGCCAAAUUUUCAUUUUAGCAAUAUUGACUUGAUACCUUUUGAAACUAUACAUACGAAAUGCCUUCCAGCUUUUAUUUUGUAAUUUUGAAACAGUCUAAUGAAGGAGGUGGAUAACAUAACCUCUAAGAUGCCUGGACUUCUGAAAUUUCCACAGUCAUUUACCUAAAUGUACGGUAUUACAGGGAGGACACCUGGACCUAAGAGGGUCUGCUGGACUAUUGGUACCAACACUGGAAGGUCCUAGGCUUUGCUAAUUCUGUAUCUGGUGUGAGUUUUUCUGCUGCUUUCCUCACAGUCGGGCUAUAACAGGUGCAUUUUCUUUGUGAGCAACAUCACUUGCCAUUUCCGUUUUGUUCUUUCUUAGCCGCCAUCACCUAAAAAACAAGCUAGCUAGGCUUGUUAUAAUGCUACAUUAAAUAAGAGUUACUAGGUGAAGGCCACUGCUAGGAAGGAAGCACUGGGUUCUAAUACAGAUUCCUCACCAGUUCAGAGGUCUCGCUGGCUUCUCCUAGGUUUGCAGAUGGGUUCUGAAGCCAAUGUAGCAAGUAGUCUGAUCUUUGAAUGGGUGAGGAUUCAGUGGGCUAAGUUUGAUUCCGAAAUGGGUAUUUAACAAUUGUCAUUUGAGGAUGACAAGAGCUGGUCUGGACUUCUGUAAAAUCUUUGUACAAGUGAGCUUUGCCUAGCAGCACAAGCCGUGCAAUCUUUUUGGGGAAAUACUACAAUGCACGAAGAAGGUAUCAAAGAAAACUACAGCUUUGCUUUCUGAUGUUCUCAGGCUUGGAACAUUGAUAACGCACUCUCUCUCAUUCUUAUUCCCUGGUGAUACUGCUCCUUUACCUCCCUUAAAUGCAGGCUGUUAGAUGCUUUUUUGUUCAUUUUUUGUCUUUCUAAUACUACAUGUUCUCUUGGUCACUCUGCUGGUCUCUGUCUUUUUUUAAAUUUUAGUUGGUGUCUCUGCUGCUCUAUCUGUGGGUCUGAUUCUGAUUAUCUUUGCAUCCAUGUCUCGAGGCAGCUCCAAAUCUCUUGUGGUUGACAUUUGCUCGCUCUAUCUCUGCCGACCCGCAUUCAUACUCUGACGCACACUCACUUUCGGUCUCCUUUGGGUAUCGCUGUCUGACUAAAACAACAGGUAGGCUGGGGAUUGCCCAGAAGGCAGAUCAGUCUCACAAUCUACCUUCACUCUUUGUACUUUCCCUUAAUGGGGGUUCAGGAGGAGGGAUCAAUAGAGGCCUCAGUCCCUACACACUGUACAAUAAAUAUCCUGGUGUUUAGGGUCUUGCAUCCCACCCUGUGAUUCCAUCCCAUCAGAAGGGAUCUCAGAGCUUCCCUUCAGUCACCAGCUGGGAAGACCCACCCCAGUAAUUCCUGCCUCCCAGGCCGUGAUACCCAUGGCUGCUCCAGAGUCAGCACAUCCAUGAGUGGAAGGGUGGCUCCCAGACCAGUGACAGCAAUGGUCAUUCAUUCACCCUGCAACAAAAAAAUUAAAGGCACUUUUGUGCUCAUAAAUCAGGGCCCAUGCUUAGGUGGCAAUCUAGGACUGAAAAAAAAACAAAAACAAAAACAAGAAAGGCAUGACCUCUUUUAAAGACAAAUAAAAAUUUUAUUUUCAGUAACUAGAUACUUAAACACUAUUUUAAUCUGAGUGCAAAUUGCUCGCCCACAAAAAGCUUUAUAACAAUGGCUUCAUUUAUGUGCAAAAUCAAAUAUUAAGUUCAUGACCGACACCUAGAAACUUAACUCUCUGCCCAACCAACAGGCAAGUAAAAAGACUGGACAGAAAAAGAAUCUUCCAUUUUGCCUGAUUAAUACCACACUGUACAUACUGCAGUCCCAACGGAGUCCCUUUUUAUCAUAUUUACUCAUAAACAGAAUAAAUUUGGGGUGGGAUGUUUGUAGUGGAAACUUAUGUGACUUAUGGAACCAAUUCUGCCAUUUCUAUACUGCUGGGAAAUUUGAAGAUCUAUAAAUUCUAAAAGUUUCCUUUAUAGUUGGCAUCCUCACAACUACCUCUGAUGUCACUCAAGAGACACUGAAAAACAUCUCUGUGCUGAAACUCUCAUUGCCCUGUCAUCUCACCUUGAAUCCAACUAAAAGAGUACCACAAACUGCUAAAUCAGUCAGAAAGUAUCCCCACAGGUAAACUGGUCUAAAAUCAAAUGCUUGUUGAAUGACUUUCUAUGGCACCCUUACUCUUCUAACCCAUUUUAAUGUUUUGCUUAUUAUUAUUAUUAUUGUGGUAAAAAAGCACAACAUGAAUUUACCAUCUGAACCAUUUUUAAGUGGACAGUACAAUCAUGUUGACUAUAUACAUACUGUUCUGUGUUCAGAUCUCCUUUUCAUCUUGCAAAAAUCAUAGGUAUGAAACAACAACCCACUUUUUCCCCCUCUCCCCCCAGCCCCUGGCACCUGCCAUCUACUUUCUUUUUCUAAGAGUUUGACUACUUUAGAUACCUCAUAUAAGUGGUAUUUGUCUUACAUUUCUUAAGCCUUGUAUUCUGGAAAAUGUUUUCUUCAUCUGAAAAAUGGAUAAGAGUCCUGAAGAACUACUGGUCUUAAUGUGUCAUUCACCUUCCCUAAUUUUAUUUAACAAAUAUUCACUAAUGGUGUAAUAAAUACGACAUGAUCGAGUUACUAGGCUCUGUGGAAUCUUUGUUAUCUCAGAUUAUCUCACCAAGGAAUUUUGAAGUGGUUCAUGGAUUUAACGGUAAUGUUGAUUUCCACAGCUCUUUAUUAUUUAUCCAGUCUCUUUUAAUAUUUGCCACCAAAACAUCGUACGUGCAGUAUUGUUCAUGCUGAGUUUCAAAAUCAUCACCAAAAUAAGGUCUGAAUGUAGUAAACAGCAGCCAGCCUUGAAGGUGCCUUUAAAGAGAUAAGUCAUCAUAGCCCAUCCUCUCAUGGCAAGAUAAUUUCUAAGGGGACCUAGGCUGUCCACGGUUGCACCUGCCUUAGAAGUCAAGAAGAACUGGUUUUCUGGAGUCACUUCUCCAGGUACUUUACCUUUAGCCUGGGGAUCAUUUCCAACUGGUAUAGCUAUAGACCUUGGAACGCCAUUCCUUGCAUUCUGUGAAUUCAAGAGAACGUGCAUUUCAUAACCCUCGAUUCUGCUCAGCAUCUCUCAGAUCAAGGCACUAUUGCUGAAGACCACCACUUACGCAACAUUUGGGGUUUUCUUUCUUUCUUUUCUUUCUUACCCCAAAUCCUUUCUGAGAAAGGCCCACAGCUUCUCCCCAUCUGGAAGCAGCAGAAAGUCCAAAGUCCAGCUGCCAGGAAGGGCCUGGCCCUGAAUUGGUCCAUUUCUUCCCUGCCUUUCCCGCCUCCUCCUUCCAGCCCAGCCAAAGGAAGCCUUCUGCUUAUUUUUUUUUUUGGUAAAAAGCCUCCGAGAAGAGCAUUUGAACACCUAUGUCAGCCACUCUAGACUUUUGCAGAGAGGCAGCUACCCUUCCAAUUCUCCCUGCAAAGGUCUGUGGUCUUUCUUACAGGCUGACACCCACCCUCUGCUAACUCAGACCCUUUAUCAAAUGCUCUUCCCCACCAGGGAAGUCGGAAAGGUUUAGUACUGUACACUCUGGGGCAAAUGUCUCCAGAAUUAGCAUUUCAUUUUCUCCCUGUCCUCAGACCCAUCAUCUUCCUAAGUGCUAGGGCUAGGUCCGUAGUGGCUCUCCCAGAGAAAGCUCUGUGCCCUACCGGCUGCAACGAUAAAACUGUGCUUGGGGAACUGGAUUAUGUUUGCCAUGAUGAUCAUCACUCCAGCCCCUAGAAUGUUUGAAAAACAAAAAUAAGCUUUGCAAGUUGCCUAAGUUCUGCAGAAUCAGCAGGCCCCUGCUGGGACCAAUCAAGAAGUGCCUUUGGA